AUGUCGGCGAGGCUGCCUACACCAGAGAUAUGUCUCACCAGCGAGGCUAAACCGGUACAAAAACCCCAGAGACUUGGCUCACAGCAGUCUAGCGCUUUCCAAGACUGCUUCAAUCCCCUUCCUAAUCCAGGAGGACACUUCUACUCAGCCAACCAUCUCUUCGCACGAGGCGUUUGGAUUGGCUACCUAGCGCCAGACAGGCAGGCCAAAUCGUUUCGGGGGCUUCCCUCGUUCAGUCAGUUGAAGCAAAACUUUUCCAAGUUCACCAGACCACACCCUCCAGCGAUAGAAGGCUCAAAGCUUGUCAUUAUGCCGCUUGACGGUGAUGACGAGCUCGGAGUGUUUGCUAUUAUGGUACCACAGAAGAGCGACAGAAGCCUGAAUGGUCUGCAAUCCUACCGGCCCUACGAGAGCAAGGACAACAGCGAUGAGAUCUUUGCUAACGACUACAUCGUACUCACUCACCGCAACCCUCAGAGGAGUGCCGAAAUCCUAGCCACGGUCCUGGAGGUACUGCCAGAGCAAAAGCGUGCCGACACCGACGCAACGCGAGGUUCGGCUUGGGACACGAAUGAUGUAUAUGGCUCCUCGACUCUGCCCAAUACCCCUACAACCGAAAUUUUGGGAUCGACAAUGCAAAGCCUGGUGAGAAUCAAGGCUGCCGAAUAUGGCUUGCGAGACGACAUGUCGAGCCUGCGGAAACGACGCAAGGUUAGCAUAACAGCUCCUCACAAACAGGAUGCUACAGAAGACGACUACAAGAAUUCCGAUGAUGGCCACAUACAGCUAGACGCCAGACACGUUUCGGAAGUGUCAUUCUCCUUUUCCAACUCAGGCCCGCGAGCUGCACAGCGACAACUAUCUCUCGAGAGUCCAUCCCUUAGACUCACCGACGAACAAGCGGACCGCAUACAUGUCUCUUGGUCUGUCAAAGACCAGGAAACGGAAUACGAGUUUAUCUACACGAUGGCUGAAUGCAAAUCGUUUGCAGGCUUACUCGCGAUGCUGGAAGAGGAUACAGAGGCUAUACCGGCCAUUGGUCAGGUGCUGAAAAGCACAAAAAUAUGGUGCCUGAGCUACUGUGUUGGUGAAGGUGACGGCGCAAGCAAGGCGCUGGUUACUCGCAGGGAGUCGGAAGCUCCGUUUACCCAACUGCAGACUGCACUUGCCCAAGCUCCUCUUUGGAGCACCAGUCUCCCGGGUCGAGUUCGUGUUGAACUGAAAUCUUUGAGCCGACCGGAUUCCGCAUGUGCCGCCUAG